CUCGUUUUAUUUUGAAGGUCAAGACCGGAAGUCACAACUUCCUGUUUUGUUCAUAGACCGUAGUGUGCGACUUGACUGUUGUAAGUGUUCGGCGCAGCGUCCAGUUUCCUCUCAUCAGCUGGGAGACAGACUAUAGCAGUACGAUUAAAGAGGCGAGCCAGGAGAUGCGCCUUUAAAACACUGCAAAGAUGGAGGACGACCUGGUGUCUGAGAACGAUAUCUUGCUGUGGUCAGAGAAGGAGUUCCACGAAGCUGCAAAGAGGAACGACACAGGGAAAAUGCAGGAACUCAUCCAGAAGGGUGUGGACGUCAAGGCCAAAAAUAAAAUAGACCGGAAAGCACUGCACUGGGCAGCGGGAGCUGGGAGUGAACAGGCUCUUCGUCUCCUACUGGACCACGAUACUGAAGUUGAUGAGAAGGACACUUUUGGCAUGAAUGCUCUGCUUCUGGCAUCCUGGUUUGGUCACCUAAAGAUCCUGCAGAUCCUGGUGUCCUGUGGAGCAAAGCUCAACUGUGAAAACAAAGAUGGUCUGAGUAUGCUACACUGUGCUGCUCAGAGAGGCCAUAUCAGAGUAUUGGAGUUCAUCAUGGAGGACCUGGAAAACAUCUGUCUGGACAGAUUAGACAAGUCAGGAAAGACAGCUCUUCAUCUGGCAGCUGAACAUGGACAACUUGAAGUGGUGGAGUUUCUGAUUGGAAUGGGUUGCACACACAGUUUGAAGGACAAGGAAGAGAACACAGCUAUGCAUCUAGCAGCGAAGCGGGGACACACAGAGGUCCUGCACAAGACUGUGGAAACCGGAGUAGAUGUUGAUGAAAGGAAUAUAGAUGGUCUCACAGCAUUGCACCUGGCAGCUGAUGGAGGUCAUUAUGGAUGUGUUAAAUUGCUGCUGGAUUCCAGCUGUAAUGUCAGUGCACAAACUAAUAAGAAUAUGAAUGCUCUCCAUUACGUUGCCCAGCAUGGCUUUGACAGAGAGGCCAACCUGCUUAUAGAGGCAGGAAUCAACAUUGAUGCUAUAGACAAUCAACACAACACACCACUCCACAUGGCUGUGUUCAGCAAUCACACCAAUGUCGUACGGCUGCUUAUAGAUGCCGACUGUGACUUGGACAUCACUGACAGUAGACAACAGACUGCUUUGCACAUAGCAGCAGAGCAUGGCUGGCAGGACCUGGCUGAGAUGAUGCUGAUUUCAGGUGUUAAUCUCAAUAUCACUGACAAGCAGGGGAAAACAUGUCUGGAGGUGGCAGCCAGGGGAAACCAUGUCAUCUUGGUUGACAUGAUCAUCAAAGCAGACCGUUUUUAUAAAUGGGAGAAGGAUCACACAGGCAGUGAGCAAGACUCAUGGCUGGGGAGGCCUCUGAGCUUCAAGCAGGACCACCAGCCAGAGACACAGCACCUCCGCUCUGUCCUGUGGAGCCUGGCCAACAAGCACCUCUGUCGUGGGGAGUGGAAAAUUCUGGCCCAACACUGGGACUUCAGCGAUGCACAUAUACGGGCUAUAGAACAACAGUGGACAGGUAUGAAAAGCUUCAAAGAGCAUGGUCACCGUAUGCUGUUGAUCUGGCUUCAUGGAGUCGUGGUGGCAGGGGAGAACCCGAUCAAAGGCCUCUACGAGGGGCUGGUGGAGAUCUCCCGCACAGACCUGGCAGAGUGCAUCAGACAGAAGGCAAAUGCAGAGACCAGCUCUCCCAAAAUGUGCUCUGCAAUGUGAUCAAUACUGUGAGUGACUGCGAAGGUAACACAACACACCCAAGGUUUCAGUUCAAUCAAAGCUCUAUUUAAGUGUAAAUGCUCUGAACUGAUCCAGUGAACAUGCUUUGUAUUGUCUUUGGCAUGACCCGUUUACACAUUCACACUUUGAAUAUACUGUGAUUGUUCAGGAUUUAGUUCACAGAGCAUUAGGGUUAGGGAACAGAUGGUUGUAAAAUUGCUGGAAAAUACCUGGUGAAAAUGUAAAAACAGUUUUUCAAUGCAUUCAGUGAACGCCUGCUGACACUGUUCAUACUGCUGUAUACUCCUUUGUACACAAAGGGCUUUGUAGACACAGCAUUUCAGCUACUGCUUGUGAUUCAGCCUUAUAUAAUGUAAAUGAUUUUAUGGUUAAAAAAAUGAAAUUGAAAAUUAAAAAGGGUUAGAUGUUAUUUCUAUGAAUAAGAAUGUCACCUGCUGUCAUAUGUGGCUUGAAUCCUGAUUCACAUAGUAUUUACUAUACAUAGAAAUAUAAAAUCCCUCCUCCCCAUGCUUCCUCCUGCAAUGUUUCUUUAAGUUCCUCUUCCUUAAAUCUGCCUCUGUAGCAAAGGUGACAUCACUACCAAACACAAAGACGAGACAGCACAAGAGGCUUGGCCUCACCCACUCUGUCACAUGCUCAAAUAGCUAACAUAGCGACUGUACAGAUGUUAGCUGAGGCUAGCUGGAACAUACACACUGCUGAUUCAUGUGGAGAGUGUGUGUGUUUAUGUAACAGUCAGAACUCUAACUGAUCUCAAAACUCUUACCUGAUCUCAGAACUUGGCAGUUUUCUCUCUGUAUCUAAAUGAAGCAGAGAAACACAGCCUCAAGACCAGUGUGAUUUUUUCACUGAUGCUGAAACAUUUUCAGCAGGUGUAAAACACACCUGCCGUUUGUGCUCCAUUGAGCAUAUUAGUUUUUAUUUGUGUCCACUGCUGUCUUUAUAUUCACUUUGUAAGCAGUGGUGCCACAUUCACAUUCACUCUGAACACACAGUGCACCAUAUUAGGGAGUUGUUUGAGACCUAUUGGAGAACAACCACACAUGCACUAAUGCUCAGUGGAUUUGAAACAAAAGGGAUGCAUUCAUAGAAAGACCACAACUAUGACAAAAUCCAGCUUUAAAAAGCCGAAGGAAUUGUUUGUGCAUCUGUGUGUGUGUAUCUCUAUGUGUUCUUUUGAUUCUGCUUUGUUCAUCUUCAUGAAUCGAGUGAAUCUACUGGGUUUAUGCACUAAACUAAGUUUGAAAUGACUUUUGCAUAAAAAUACAUUAUAAUGUUUUCAUAUGCAUUCCUGUUUUCUUGGUUUUUCUCUGAAUAAAACAAACUGUUUACCA